UGGCCACCGACCCCUCCCGAGAAUUCCCCCUUUUCCUGACACCAGCGCUUUCCCAGGAGCUUUUAAAGCCCCGCGGGGCUGAUCCUGCCCCUCAGCGGGAACAAAACCCCCUCCUCUCCAUGGGCGGGAAGAGCUCAGCGACCCUCCCGCCAGGAUCUGCUGCCACCGGGAAUACCGGCACCGGGAAUACCGGCUUCUCCGCAGCCCCUCUGCGGUGGGAAGGCCCCUCGGUGUCCCCCCCCCCAUGUGAGAGAUGGCGAACGCCGAGGUCAGCGUCCCGGUGGGGGAUGUGGUGGUCGUGCCAAGCGACGGGAACGAAGGGGAGAACCCGGAGGACACCAAAACCCAAGUGAUCCUGCAGCUCCAGCCGGUCCAGCCGGGGAUUUACCAGGAGGGCUCUGAGGCCAGUGCUGCCGUGGUGGCCGUGGAAACCCACACCAUCCACAAGCUGGAAGAAGGGAUUGAUCCCAGCACCAUCGAAACGAACGAGGACAUUGAGAUCGCCUACCCCAUCACCUGUGGGGAGAGCAAAGCCAUCCUGCUCUGGAAGAAGUUUGUCUGUCCAGGGAUUAAUGUCAAGUGUGUGAAGUUCAACGACCAACUGAUCAGCCCAAAGCAUUUUGUUCACCUGGCUGGGAAGUCCACCCUGAAGGACUGGAAGAGAGCCAUUCGCCUUGGUGGGAUCAUGCUCAGGAAGAUGAUGGACUCGGGACAAAUUGACUUCUACCAGCAUGACAAGGUGUGCACCAACACCUGCCGGAGCACCAAGUUCGACCUCCUGAUCAGCAGCGCCAGGGCGCCGGUGCCGGGGCAGCAGAGCGUGGUGCAGACCCCAACCUCAGCUGAUGGGAGCAUCACCCAGAUCGCGCUGUCAGAGGAGAGCAUGGAGGAGGGGAUCGAGUGGAACUCGGCCCUGACAGCUGCUGUCACCAUGGCCACCGAGGAGGGCAUGAAGAAGGACACGGAGGAGAUCUCGGAGGACACCCUGAUGUUCUGGAAAGGAAUAGCUGAUGUGGGGCUGAUGGAAGAGGUUGUGUGCAACAUCCAGAAGGAGAUAGAAGAAGUCCUAAGAGGUGUCCAGCAGAGGUUGGGCCAGUCUCCCUUCCAGAUGACAGAUGCUGCAGUCCUGAACAACGUUGCCCACACCUUUGGCCUGAUGGACACAGUCAAGAAGGUCCUGGACAACAGGAAAAACCAGACAGAGCAAGGAGAGGAGCAGUUCCUCUACACACUGGCAGACCUGGAGCGGCAGCUGGAAGAGCAGAAGAAACUGGCCAAGGACCAGAAGGCUAAAUCCCAAACCAUCCAGAACGUGGUGCUGAUGCCUGUCAGUGCUCCCAAGCCCCCCAAGAGACCCCGCCUGCAGCGCCCGGCCUCCGCCACCGUCCUCAGCCCCUCCACCCCCAUCCAGCAGCCCCAGUUCACCGUCAUCUCCCCCAUCGCCAUCGCCCCCGUCGGCCAACAGUUCUCUGUGGGCAACAUCCCCGUGGCCACCAUCAGCCAAGGCUCCAGCCCUGUGACUGUUCACACCUUGCCUUCUGGCUCCCAGCUCUUCCGUUACGCCACCGUGGUGUCCUCCUCCAAGACCAGCUCCUCCGACACCGUCACCCUCCACCCGUCCUCCAGCCUGGCGCUGCUCAGCUCGGCAGCCAUGCAGGACAGUGGCAACCUGGCCAACGUGGCAACUGUGGUCAACCCCGUGGAACUGGUGGCCAUGGAGUCUGGGCUCACCUCCACCAUCCAAGCUGUGGAAGGCACCUCAGAUGAUGGACAAACCAUCAUAGAGAUUGACCCGGCGCCCGAUCCCGAAGCGGAGGCGGAGGAGCCGGAGGGUAAAGCUGUGAUCCUGGAGACAGAGCUGAGGACUGAGGAGAAAGUGGUGGGAGAUGUGGAGGAUCAUCAGCACCAGGUCCAUAACGUGGAGAUUGUGGUCUUGGAGGACUAGCAAGCGUCACUUUGGGGGAAGAGUUGGGAAUUGGUUGCAUUUUGGCCUUUUUUCUGAAGCAUCUUUUCCAGCCGCCCCGUUUAUUUCCAUGGACGUUUUUCAUUGUACUGUAUAUAAUAUAUAUAAUUAUUAUUAUUUUAUUAA